ACCGCCGUGACCAAGUCAAACAUUGAAUAUACAAGGCGAAGAACGAAGAUAAGAGCAAGAGCUAAACGAAGACCAAGAACGAAGACCUUAGUCAUAGUAUUGAGUCGGUCUUUAUUGUGAUCAAGACCGACCCAAUCUUUACACCUUGGCUCUUUAGGCUAAAAUCUCUCAUUGAAUUUCUUACAUCAUAAAAAUGUUUUUCAAACUUGUUUAAGUCAUUAAAAACACUUGGAAUAGGUGAAGGGCAAUCAACCACAUGGCCACCUCUUUUUGAUGGAACCAAUUAUGCAUAUUGGAAAGAACGAAUGAGAAUCUAUAUUCGUUCCACAAACUUCCAAUUAUGGUUGGUUAUCAAAAAUGGGGAAGAGGUGCCGAUGAAGAAAGUUGGCGACAAGUUGAUCCCCAAGACCGAAGACGAGUUUGAUGCCGAGGACAUCAAAAAGGUCGAGAAUUAUGCAAAGGCAAUAAACAUGCUUUAUUGUGCCGUAAAUCCUGAUGACUACCGCAAGAUCUCCUGCUGCUCAACCGCCAAGGAGAUGUGGGAUAAGCUCGAGGUGACGUACGAAGGAACGGACCAAGUACGUGAAGCCAAGAUCGACUUCCUCACCCAAGAGUAUGAGAUGUUCAGGAUGAAGGAGCACGAGAAGAUUGACGACAUGUUCGACCGUUUUUCCAAAAUAGUCAACGAUCUUCAUGCAUUAAAGAAGACUUACACCGACAGGGAUCUUGUGCGAAAGAUCCUACGGAGCUUGACAUCCGAAUGCCGAUCCAAGGCCGAUGCCAUCUAUGAAUUAAUCGGCACAUCAAAUGUCACCAUUGACGGUCUAAGAGGUAAUCUAAAAACUUAUGAAUCUACUAUUCUUAACCCGUCUUUGAAUGACCAAAGGAAAGGGAUAGCAUUAAAAGCCAUCAAAGAAUCAACAAUGAAUGAUUCAAGCGACGAUGAUGAAUUCAAGCUUGUCAUGAAGAAGUUUUGCAAACUUCUAAAGAAGAAAGAAAAGGUUGAGGAUAGCCCUGUGUUCUAUGGAUGUGGUGAAGCCGGGCACAUCAAGAACAAAUGCCCGAAAAGCGGAAGGAAUGCUCGGCACUUCAAAAGGCAAAGGGCAUAUAUCUCUUGGGGUGGAGACUCCGGCGAUGAAUCAAGCGAACAAGAGGAAGAAGAGGAAGCAAAUCUUUGUCUCAUAGCUCAAGAAGAAGAGGAGUCCGCCAACAACGAAAACCAAGAGGCAUCUAAGAAGAAAGGCCCUACCGAGGCCACAACCUCUGCGCCUCAACCCUUUCCGUACCUGGAUGGAUCCUUCCUCGAAUUUGGCUCGGAGGAAGAACUUACUCGCUUCAUCACUCACUUCGCCAAACGCCCCAUCUCUCCGCCAAGGGUGCUGCCCGAGUUGUUCCCUCAGCAGAAGGGAUACCACGAUCUCGACAACCAACUCAAAGAGUCGGGUUUGUGGCCCUUCGUCUCAAAGAGCCGCACCUCCUUCAAUCCCGCCUAUGUCCGGGCCUUCUACUCCUAUCUCCGCCGGGACGGGGACACCAUCCGCAGCAGCAUCAAUCUCUACGACAUAGAGAUUGAUUUGGCCACUUUUGCUCGGGUUGCAGAGCUGCCUACCAGCGGUGACGACGUAGCGUCGUAUGGUGGCGAGGACUGGAUCCUCAACAACGAGGUCGUCGUCAUCCGUGAGCUCGGGAUCACCAACUUGAUCCGUCACAGCGGCGCACCGACGAUUCACUCGGCUCCACCGGAGAAGCGCCUCCUCCUCUACAUCCUCACCCGGAUUCUCCGCCCCUGGGAUAGCAGCCACACCUCACUCUUCAACGACGACUUGAGGGCAAUUCAUGCGAUCAUGCACGGCGCCUCCAUCAAUUGGGCAAAAUACGUCAUGAUUCACAUGGCGGAUUGCGCCUCCAUUACCACCGAGCGGAGCUUUCCAUACGCCUUCCUCGUCAUGGACCUCAUCGUCUCCGCCGACAUCCACAUCGCCGGGCCAAGCACGAAAAUGACGAAGCUUUGGGUCAUCGCCGACAACACCUUCAAGAAGAAUUCCGGAAACCGCAAUGGCGCCGGAACGAGUCGUGCCCAUGCCCCUGCACCUGCCCCCGCUCCCGCUCCCGCUCGGGCCUCAUUACAGUCAAUAGCCAACACCCUGAAUCGGCUAACCCUCACAGUGGACGGCAUGGGGCAGUACAUGGAGAGGAUGGACUGGACGCUGCAACGCCAACACCACGACAUGAGGGUGUUCUUCCGUGGCAUCAACUACGUCCCGCCGCCCUUUGACAGCACCUUCCUCGGCCAAAACUAUGAAGGCGAGGAUGAGGACGACGACUCCUAUGCUCAGUCCUCCUCCCCCGACGAGGCCGACUUUGAGGACGCGGUCGACGGGGAUCCCAUGGACGUCGAGGACGACGAGGAUAACGAUGACGACGAGGACGCCGAUGCCUAGACUCUUCCUUUCUUUCCUUUCCUCACUAUGAUUGUUUUUUUUUGUUAUUUCCAUUCCGUUGUUUUGAUAAUGCCAAACCGCCGUGACCAAGUCGAACAUUGAAUAUACAAGGCGAAGAACGAAGAUAAGAGCAAGAGCUAAACGAAGACCAAGAACGAAGACCUUAGUCAUAGUAUUGAGUCGGUCUUUAUUGUGAUCAAGACCGACCCAAUCUUUACACCUUGGCUCUUUAGGCUAAAAUCUCUCAUUGCAUUUCUUACAUCAUAAAAAUGUUUUUCAAACUUGUUUAAGUCAUUAAAAACACUUGGUGUUC